CGCGGUGGGCGGGGAAGGCAAAGGGCACUCACGUCCCAGGCGCGCCACUCCAGGGACUCCGGUCUGCACGUGCCCGGGGCCUCCCGCGCGGGCUCCACGGGGCUGCGGAGGGCUGGCGCCCGCGCUCCGGGCUCCGGGCUCCGGGCUCCGGGCUCGGGUGUUCGCCUUUGUUCCCGCCCACGCGAGGCCUGUUUUGACGGAUGGCGUUCGCGGCUCGCCGGCGACCAAUAGGCGCGCGCGCCUUGCUUGCUCCGCCUCCUCGGAUCCACGGAGCUCCGCCCCUCCGACUGCCCACGUGGUCUGGGCCUGCUCCGCUCGCCUGCUCCUCUCCGCACAGUACCCUGGGCGGCUUCCUCUGCAAUUGCGGGUCCGCGCAGCCGGCCUGUCUUUGCGCCCCUGGUCGCUCGCUCUCGCCAGCGCCCCGAUCGUUCCUGGGCCCUCGGGAGCCCAAGACGCGCAGGUGGUGCUGCCCUCCUUACCAGCAAGGCCGAGCCCGUGGUAGCAUCCGGCAGGGAAAUGGUCGUGGUUUCCGUGCCCGCCGAAGUCACCGUAAUCCUGUUAGAUAUCGAAGGUACCACAACCCCGAUUGCUUUCGUGAAGGACGUUUUAUUUCCGUACAUCAGAGAAAACGUCACGGAGUACCUGCAGACACACUGGGAGGAGGAGGAGUGUCAGCAGGACGUCAGCCUGCUGAGGAAACAGGCUGAAGAAGAUGCACAUCUGGAUGGAGCUGUUCCGAUUCCUCUGGCCUCUGGCAGUGAUGUACAGCAGAUGAUCCAGGCCGUGGUAGACAAUGUGUACUGGCAAAUGUCCCAUGACCGCAAGACUACGGCACUCAAACAGCUGCAAGGUCACAUGUGGAAGGCCGCUUUCACGGCUGGCCGCAUGAAGGCAGAGUUCUUUGCAGACGUGGUUCCUGCAGUCAGAAGGUGGAGAGAGGCUGGAAUGAAGGUGUACAUCUAUUCGUCAGGGAGCGUGGAGGCACAGAAGCUGCUCUUCGGGCAUUCCACAGAGGGAGACAUUCUUGAGCUCAUCGAUGGUCACUUUGACACCAAGAUUGGACACAAAGUGGAGAGCGACAGUUACCGGAAGAUUGCAGGCAGCAUAGGCUGCUCAACCAACAACAUCCUGUUCCUCACGGACGCCACUGUAGAGGCCAGUGCUGCUGAGGAAGCCGACGUGCACGUGGCUGUGGUGGUGCGGCCUGGCAAUGCAGGACUAACCGAUGACGAGAAAACAUACUACAACCUCAUCACAUCCUUCAGCGAGCUCUACCUGCCGUCCACCUAGAGCAGGGUCUGAGGAAGAUUCACCCCCCACCCCCAGUGUCUAGUUUUAUUCUAAUUGUAAAAGUAACUUACUUAUGUGUACACAUAGAUUAUAUAUGUGGAUGUGUGCUCAGAUUAAUUUCCAUGGGCACAUAAUGUGAGAGAAGUUGCCAGUUCCAUGAGGACCAAAUUCAUGUAAAGACACUUCAUGUGUAGACCGUAAGUAGACCGUAGAUCUCAGUCUUACCAAGGCUAGAGUGUAUUUGAUAGAAGAAAUUAAACUGCAGUUUAUCAAAUUGUUUACCAAAUGGAAAGCUAGUUUUGAGAAAUUAUUAUCCAGAGACUGUGUUCUCUUAAAGACUGGACGUGCUUCAAAGGCACUCAUAUGAGGAGCCCACUGUCCCUGUCCCGAGAGUGCAUGUCUCAACUGCUGCACUAAAGACUUACGGCCCUGCGUUUACAAGACUGAGGCACUGUUCCUGCUCAGAGAACAAAUCUGGGAAAGGUGGUCAUGAUGGAACAUUAGAGUUCUAAUGUUCAUGAUGGAACAGUGCUAUAAGCCCCAGCUGCCUCUGAGCAGUGCCCUUGAGCAGCUGAGGCCGCGGUGGGCUCCACUAACCUCCCACUGUUAGUGUGUUUUAUAGCUGCCUUCUGUGUCUUACACAGUUUGAGAAUAUAUGUUAAUGACUAUUUUUUUUAAAAAGUUUUAUUGAAACCAGUGUAACACCACAAAGAGCUCUAAUGUGUAAUACUUCCUCUGAAAUGGAUGUAAAGAUGUAAAUUUUAUAACAGCAUUGUUUAUCCUGAUGCUAACUGAUGGGAUUUUGUGUCAGUAUUGUGUAAUUAAUUAAUAAAGGCAUUUUCUUCUUUCAGUUUUAAAGGCAUGUGGAUUGUACCUCUCUCUGACAGAAGCAGAGAGGAAAGCAAGGCUUAAGCCACUGGAAGACUGAAUUUCCUUUAGAUUUUGCAUUGAGUGUGCUAGGCGUGUCUGUUUUAACACACUAUAAAUGAACAUCAUUGCACAUCUUCAA